UCAUCAGUAAACGUUACUUUCAAAUAAGUUUUUUUAUUUUUUCAGCUGUAGCUUUUUUGUAAGCAUUAAGAAAAGUUCUUAAUUCUUUACUUUCUUUGAUAAAACUAAACCGUCAAUGAUGGACGACUGGGACAGUUGGUCUAUUUUUCUUAGGCAACAAGUUUUACGAACCAAAAUACCCCUCACUUCAGAAGCCAUUAAUGAAAGAACAAAGCUAUUGAGAGGCACAUACAUUCCAUUUGAAAAGUUUCAAUGUGAAACAUUGGAAAUAAUGUUAAACAAGAUUCCAGGUGUGGUAGUAUUUAAGAAUGAUGACAAAUAUUACGUACUAGCUGCACCAACCAAUGAGGAAAAACAUUUUGCGGAUGCUCCACAAAUAACUAGCAUUGAGAAAAAGUUAAACGUUAUCUAUGACCGAUAUUCGCAGAUUAAAUCAAAUGCUAAUAAGAUUAAACCAAAUGUAAAACUUGUCACUCCUAAGGCUAACGAAAAUGAAAAACCACAGAUUGAAUCUCAUGUCGCUCAUACUUGUAUUGCAACAAAAAACAGUAGUAAUUUCAUAUCUGAUAAUAGUACCCAUGGCACAAAGCAGAUGUACUAUAACCCACCAGUACAAGUAAGGAAUACCCAAAGAAAGUUUGUAAAUCUUAAUAGAUCUGUGCCUCAUUCAAAUUUCACCUAUAAAAACUGCAAUCAAUUUUCAUCGAACGGAAAAAAUCAAAGAUCCGUGCAAAAUAGACUACAAGAAUACAAAUCCACACCAGAACCUACACAUGGACCGAAUCAUAGAUGCGCUAAUUUUACCACUCGGGUACUUUCACAGCAUCAAAACCUUAACAAAAAUCUGGAUGAAUCUGUGUUGGCCAUGCCCCUGCAACAAAAAAAUGUGAAUGUCAAUCAAAAUGCCCUCUUACAAGGUGGUAAAGUAAAUUUCAGUCCUGCACAACCUGUAUCACUAAUGCAAGAAUACAAUUGGACCGCUGAUGAUCCACGUUUGUAUUUAUAUUGUUAUACACAAACUAAAAACGUACCUCGGCCAGAAUAUAAACAUUUACAUACUUUAGAUAAUAUAUAUGCUGUAGUGGUUGUUGACUCAAAUACAUACAGUUCGUUUCCUCACAUUGCCCUAUCAAAGGAGGAAGCUGAGAAAUAUGCAGCAAGCUGUGCCUUAGAAAUUUUGUUAGGCAAGAAGACUAUUAAUACAAAUAUUUUUGCUCAUUCACAAAAAGUCAUAAAUUUAGAGGCUUAUGAUGUUCAUUAUAUUACUAAUACCCAGAGUGGUCAUAAGCCACAUUAG